AGCUAAAUUGGUUCCUAUCUUUGUCUUUGGUUCUGGAGACAGUGAAGCUUUAGGCAUCAAUAAUGGGGCAUGGGAGUGGAGGAGGGACGCUAGAGUGCUCAAGAAAUCAGGCUCAGCAAAAAUUAGGAAGAGGAUAGCAGUAGCAGCAAAUAAUUCAGGUGGAAAUCCCCUGCUUGGCCAGCUGAUGAAGAAGAAAGGGAAGUCUCAGGAGGUAGUGAGAUGAGCUACCAGACUUGCGUCUACAUCCAGGGUAGCUGCAGCUUUGCAGCUGUAGUCUGCAAAGGGAAGGCUACCAAACCUUGGAAAGGUGUGACAAACCUUUGCUGUUGACCAAAGUUGUCUUUGGCAUCUGUGGGCUGAGAAGUCUGGAAACCACCACUGCUGCUACUGAUUCAGUUGCUCUGAAGCCUAUCCCUGAUUUGCUGGGGUUUGGACUAUGUUGACCUGACUUGUACCAGACUGCACUCCACUUUUACUCUGACCCAGGAAGCAAAAUGUUCUUCCUUCUCUCCUUUCUGAUUGUGGAAAUGAAGCUCCACCUGACAACAGGUUUAUUUAUAGUGACUGUUCCCAAGGAGUUUUAUAUGGCAGACUAUGGUAGUAAUAUCACAAUGGAGUGUAACUUUGACACUGGCGGAGAAGUGGACAUUGAAGCAUUAAGAGUCACUUGGGCAAAGGAUGAAAGAAAAAUUGUGAAUUUUCCUAGUAAGCAGGAAGACCUGGAAAUUCACAGUGAACCCACUGGAAGAAGAAUGACGUUGUUAGAGGACCAGCUGUCCCUCAGGAAGGCCUUGCUUCAUAUCAGGGAUGUCCAAAUAAUGGAUGCCGGCCAGUACCACUGCCUUCUUUUCUAUAGGGAUGCUGCUGACUACAAGUAUGUUACUCUACAAGUAAAAGCUUCCUACAAGACAAUAAAUACUCAAGUCAUCAGAGUCCCAGGAAACAAUGAAAUGGAGCUUACCUGUCAGUCUCAGGGCUAUCCUCUGGCAGUGGUAACCUGGCUAAAUAUCAGUGAAUCUGUGAAUACCACCUACUCGAAGACCCCUGAAGGUCUCUAUAACAUCACCAGUGUCCUAAGGCUAAAAGCAAACACUCAUAGCAAUGUCAGCUGUGAGUUCUGGAAUGAAGCUAUUCAAGAAAGUACAUCUGCUGUCGUGAACACUUCAGGUGUGAACUUGUGACCUCAAGAGCUAGAAAUUUUCUCACCUGACAGAUUCAAGAGAAGUGAAUUAAGGAUCAAGGACUCCAGUUUUCUACACCUGCAGCUUGCACUUUUAAAAAAUAUUUUGAAUAGCACAGCACUUUAAAUUUAAACUCACAAAAAGUAUACCACUAAACCUCUCCAAAUUCUUGCAAUGUAGCCCUGUCACAAUGUUUCUUAAGUUUAUCAGUACCAACUAUCAACAAAUCAAGGUGCUAAAUACUGCUGGACAGUUAAUUAUCAAUGAUAUUCCCUGUAUUGCCCUUUUUAUUCAAUUAAUGUUUUUUGAGAUUUCUGUACUUUUAGUGAAAAUCCCACUGGAAGCACUUCUUGACUUCUCUUCUGAAAAGAGUUAAGAGCUUGUGGCUGCUAGUCCUAGUUUAGUAUUCCACAGCUCUUUUACAUCACUACUGGAUUAAAAUAAAAGAACUAUUUUCCCCAAAUUUAACUGAAAAGGAGAAAUUUCAAGAACAAAGAAGAAUUGGCAUUUGCUUUUAUAUAGAAAUGGACAGACUACCAAAGAGACUCCCUCUGCUGGAGAAAAAAUAAUAUUUGGUUUCUUCCCCCAUAAUCUAACAAUUUUGAAUUGUGUAAUUCAGAUUAUGAGCUCUAGGGCAGAGAACCAACAAAUACAAAGACACUGUGUAUAUUUAGAGACUGCAGACCUUCUGGGAGCUUUCUAUGGUUAUUUUACUAAAGAAAACAUAUAUAUAAAUAUGCAAUAGUUCUCUAAACUGUAUAAUAAAAUUAUGUUAAAUUAAAAAAUAUAGAGCAACUUGGGUCUAUCAUUACUUAGUGUUGAAAUCAUGUAUUUAUGAUUUUAAUUUCUCCAAGGAUAAUUCUCAUUUUCCACCCAAUGCUGAAUAUUAACUGAAAAUAUGGAAGUGUUGAUGUGGCAGAUAUGUGUAAUUUGUCAUACGAAUGGGUUUGGGUGGAUUCUAUUAUAGUCAUUUUGAGUUUGAAAUGUCUAUACUCAUUUGAACUCAUUUGAAAUAUUUAACAGGCAGUUUUAAAUUUCUGACCUAGAAUUCAAGAGAGAGACUAUAACAUGAUAUGUAGAUCUGGGAAUCAUCUUCAUAAAGUUGAUAAUUGAACCCAUGACUGCUGAUUCUCCAGGUGGGAAAUGUUAAGAUAGAACAGAAAGACCCUGAAGUACAGUCUUGAUAUUUAUCUAGAUGGGUGAGAGGUGAAUUUGGAUAAUGACCCAGCCAAGAAAACAGAAAAAGUAGACAAAUCAGAAGUGAAUUAGGAAAGAACAGUGUCACAAAAGCUACAAGAGGAGAAAGCAGCAAGCCAGGAGUAGAUGGCUAGCAGCAAGAAGGAUGAGGAUUGAGAAAAGACUACUGGAUUUGGCCGUUAAAAAAAAAUCACUGACAACUUUGGACAAAGCUGUGAUAAGGUUGAAGACCAGAUUGUAAAGGAUUGAGAAGAGGAAAUUAGACAAUGAUUGUGAAACAGAUUUCUAGGUGUUUGAUUAAGAAAAGGAGGACAGGUAUGAGAUAUCUUGAAGGGAUGAGAGGAUUUAGGAAGAAUUUGUUGUUUGUUGUUUUGAGACUGUACAUAGAUACAAAUGGUUGUUUUGGGGGGCAUUUUUAUAGGUAGUGAGUAAGGAACCAAUUAGGAAGGAGACAUUGAAGAUUACUGAGAGAAAGGAUCAUUGUGGGGACAAUCUGCUAAAGAAGUCAUAAAAAGAUGAAAUCAAGAGAACAUUUAGAGGGGUCAGCAUUGGUGAGAAGAGGGGUCACUUUACCAUCAAAGGCUGGAUUAAAGGAGUAGAAAGUUAAGUCACAGGGUUGUGGAAUAUAGCAAACUAGAGAACAGGAAACUUAUUGUAAGAGUAGCUAGAGAGGCUGUCCUUUCACGAAAUUGCUACAAGCCCACCUGGGACAACAGUGCUAUACAAACACAUUUACACAGAUGAGCAAAGUGAAACCCACAGUGUUUAAAUGACUUGCUUUCUGUUACAUAGCUAGUAAGUAUUAAGAGGUCACAUAUGAGUCCUCCAGUUGAGGGGUAGGGUGUGAAUGGACCCAUGGGAGAGAAAAAUUAAAAACAGUCCCCCAUUAUGUGUAUGUGGAUCCCCAGAUUCACCCUCGGUGUAUCAAUGUGUUCAUCUUCCCAUAACUUCUUCAACCUUAACUAUUUCCAUCUUAUAUUAUAUUUUCAAAUUGAUAGAAAUUAGUUGAAACUUCAGAAUUGAUUUAAUUUACAUUUCUAUUCACAGCCUGUUAAAUUAUAUAGUCUAUUUGCAUUAAUGAUUUGCUGUACUUUUCAUGUUGAUAAAUUGAAUUUCUUUUGAAAAAAAUAUUUGUAUGGUGUCAGGAAUAGAAGCACCAACUCACUAGAACACUCUCAAUCCCUUCUAGGAAUUUUAAAAUAAGACCUCAAAUUGGAUUCUGGAAUGGCAAAGCCAACUAAAAGUCAGGCUGAGAUUUUUUUUUUUCAGCCCAAGAUAACUUAAGGGGUAGAGGUAGAGGUCUAUGACACUGGGACAAGGGAUGGCCUGGAAUGCACAAAGAAGCAACAGUAGUGGUGAGCACUGGGGGAGGUUGCAGUAGUAGCAGCAACAUUUUUCAGGACCUCUUAGCCCAGAAACAGUAAGUUGGACAACCAAUCAGAAAGAGAUUAUAGGGAACAUUGAGCUGGCAGUUGGUGUUUAUAUAGUGCCCAUAUACAGUUCUGGGUUACAAUUCCAGACCAGAGAAUAGUACUUGUGGUCAUUCAACAAAGGAUCAGGGGCCAUGGUCACAGGAAAGUGAAUUAAGGGAUGCAGUGGCCAAAAACAAAACAGUGAGGAGAGUAAGAAAGGAUAAAAACUCCCUCUUCUCAGCUGACUGGUUGAGACAGGGAUGUCAGAAUAUUCCUUGCUUCCAAUUGCCAGUUCCAAGUUCUUUCUCCACAUCCAUCAUUCAGUAACCUCUCUACCUUUGAGUUUGUCUUAUUCAUAUCUAAGACCCAAUCAAAAUCCUGGUAGCUGUUGUCUAAAGACUACUUUUUUGAUAGUGUUUUCUUUGCAUUAUUAUUUGCUGUCUUGAUUGAUUGUUUCUUAUUUCAUAGCUAUUCAUUGGCUAACUAUAUUCAUAUGAAGAAUUAUUGAAUACCAAACCCACGGUGUUACUCUCCUUCUUUAUUCAAUGAGUUUGUUACCUGACCCGCAACUUUUCUUUCCUCUCCAACUCCUAACUUCA